AUGAAGUGGAAUGUGCAUUUGACCGGACCUACUUACGGGUACGUAUUUUGGUCCGCUGAAUCCGAAUUUGAGGUCAGUUUGACCUGGCACCUCCACGUGGUGACGGUGGGCAACAGAACCAUCUGGCAGAGUCCCUGGGUAAACGGCGUGUGUGCCGUCAUAGCAGGUACAAGUGAUAAGUACUUUACGAUGCAGGGAGUCGGAACCCCAGUAUCGGCGUCUGGUCAGAGUGAGAAAGCAGGCUCGCAGGCGUCGUCAUCGAGCGACUGCAGCUCUUUAGAAGUGGGCAACUUGGCUACUGGAGAGUAUACUAUUACAAGAAUUACAGGAUGUUCGUCACAGUCGCUGAUAAUAUUUCCUAACCAAAAGCAACAAACAGUGGCUGUUGGCAAAUCUGUGGUGCUAACUUGUCAAGCGGACGCACCAGACCCGGCACUUGUUACGCAGCCUCAGUGGCGUGACCCUAAGGGACUUAUUAUAAGGGAGGCAGCAGCCGGAACUAGACCAGAGAUCUACACCGAACCGAUGCCCGCUAAACAACUGCAAUUGCUCUACAUAUCGUCCAUCACAACCGCAAUGGCUGGCAAUUACACGUGCGAAGCGACCUACACAAACAUGCCUCUCAGCGCGAGCGUUAUCCUGGACACUUUUGUUGCUAUAACUUGGACAAAUGCAAAUGAAAACCAAUAUGCUACAAAAGGAAAAGAUUUCAAAGUAAUGUGUGAAGUAACAGCAGAACCUGCGCCAUCUGUUGAUUGGUUUAAGGAAGGAACACCUAUUCAGACAGGUGACAGAUAUGUUAUUCACGCAAAUGGGUUGCUUAUUAAUAACGUUCAAGAAAGUGACGAUGGAACUUACACAUGUCGAGCGGUAGUUAUCCAAACUGGAGAAUUGGCUGAGAGAAAUAUUAAACUCGAGGUUUAUACUGCACCUGAAAUGGAAGAACGUGAACAAAAAGUUGAAAUAAGAGAAGGCGUAUCUGCGGCCAUUACUUGUAAAGCUAGAGGAAAACCGCCCCCUAAAUAUUCUUGGAUAAAAGCUUCUACUCGAGAGAACUUGGGAACUACAUCUCGGUUUAGUGUAAAUGAAAAUACAGGACUCUUGACCUUCGAUAGAGUGGAAGCAGGCGAUUAUGGUAAAUAUAUCUGCAGUGCUGUAAAUCAAGCAGGACACAAUGAAACUGAAUUAGAAGUAGAAGUUUUAGUUCCACCGAAAAUAUUUGAACUUUUUAAUACUACAUCCGCUGAAAAUACCGAGGGAAGAUUGGAAUGUAAAGCUACGGGGCGCCCAGCUCCUCAAAUGAGUUUUAGAAAACUUAGCAACAGCGAACGAUUCUUGAACGGCCCUAACAACGACGGAAGAAUUACAAUUGAAACUAGCAGUCACCAGACUGGAGACCAAAUGCAAUCUAGUGUAGUUAUAACUAUAUCAAAAUUAAACAGAACAGAUGAUGGAUUAUACGAAUGUGUAGCAGAAAACGAAGGUGGAGAAGCACGUAAAAAUGGCCAUCUCACAGUUCAAUUCAGACCGUCUUUCGAACAUAUGACCAAUAUUCCUAUUUGGAGCUGGAAUUCUCAACCUGUCAAUAUAAGCUGCGUUGCAGAAAGUAUACCUAAUGCUACCAUAAAAUGGAAGUUCCACGAAUAUGACUUGGUUGAGUCUCCACAUGUCAGGAUAUAUGGAUCAGGACCUAUUAGUUAUGUAACAGUGACGCCUGUUGAUAGGAGCCUGUACGGUGUUUACAAAUGUAUUGCCACAAAUACUUUAGGUGAAGCUGAACAUAAUAUUCAGUUAAGAGAGGCGUUUCCACCAGGACCUGUUGUUCAGGCGAGACAAGAAACAAUAACGGCGACAUCGGUAUCAUUCAAUAUUAUUGGCCCAGCUGAAGAAUUGGGUCCCCCGAUAUUGGCUUUCACGGCACAAUACAAGGAAAAUGGAAACUUUGAUUGGAAUCUAGCGAUGAACAGAACUUGGUCUGUCAACUCACCGUAUAUUGUUGAAAAUUUGAGGCCGAUGUUCACAUACGACUUUAGAUUUGCGGCUGUCAACCAAGUCGGAGUCGGAAGCUGGGGAGCACCUGUAACUGUAGUCAUGCCAAGAAGAUCACCACCGGAACAACCUAAGUGGCGGUUAAAUAUAAGCUCCGAGUCUCUUAUUCAUGGAAGGUAUGCAGACAAGUACGAAUUACAAUGGAGAGUGCCGGCACAUAACGGGGAGCCUAUCGAUAUGUACGAAGUUAGCUAUUGCCCAGUAUUGAAAGUUAGCGGAGAAUGGCGCGUAUCUGCCGAAUCAGAUUGUGUAACUGAAGAGUUGAAAUCCUACGAAGCUAUUAAUUACGAAGUUCGCGGCUUACACCCGGACACCAGAUACCGAAUGCACGUCCGCGCUCACAACGUCCUCGGAUACUCGUUGCCCGCCCAACUCUACGUCCAAACCGCUCUCGGAGUGGAACGGUCUGGCUUUGCUCCACCACAACUAUUAUCAAGCGGCGCCAUCAUUGGAUUAGCGUUGGCUGGAGUGUUGAUAUGUCUCAUAGUUGUGGACCUACUUCUUCUGUGCUUCAGACGGCAAGGCGUCAUAGCGAUGAUUUGCGGCAAACGGGUCAAGAAGCACAGCGACGACGAAGCUAAACUGGGAAGCACGCGGCGCGCGCCGCCCUCUCCCGCGCCGCUGCCGCCGCCCGUCAAGCUCGCGCCGACUCCGACUUAUAUCCCAACUACGCCAGUGGAUGAAAAGGAACCUCUUAAAGAGACUGGAGAUGAUGCUCUAAAGAGAAAUUCUUCAGUCGAGUUCGACGGACGUAGGGUAUACGCGACUAGCGGAGGAACCAUUAUUGGUAAAAACUCUGCCGUUUAAAACUUUAACAAAACGAUCGAUUUAUUCGAAUUCGUGGAACGAU